AUGUCAAUAUCAUCAAGUGAAAUUUUAGAUAGUUCAAAAAAUUAUAAUCCAGACGAAGAAGAAGAAAUUGAAGAAAAAAAAGAUAAUAUUAUAAUGAAUCCAGUUAUUUCAAAAUUAGGUGGUUAUGAAUUUUUUAGAAAUGUAUUAAAAUCACCAAAAAAGACAGUAGCACCAAUGGUUGAUCAUACAUUUUUAGCAUUUCGUAUGUUAUGUAGAAAGUAUGGUGCAGAUAUGGUUUAUACACCAAUGUUUCAUAGUAAGAAUUUUGCAACAUGUAAAACCUAUCGUAGAGAUUACUGGUCAACCUGUCCAGAAGACAGACCCUUGGUAGUGCAAUUUUGCGGCAACGAGCCAGAGUGGGUGGUAAAGGCCGCAAAAUACAUCGAGGAUCAUUGCGAUGCCAUAGACUUGAAUUUGGGUUGUCCACAGCAAAUUGCACGUCGUGGUAACUAUGGCAGCUUCCUCUUGGACAAGCCUCAUAUCAUUUUACCAAUAGUCCAAGAGUUGCACAAACACAUCAAGGUGCCAAUAUUUUGCAAGAUCAGGUUACUACCAAACCUUGACGAUACCAUAAAGUUGGCAUUGCAAUUACAAGAAGCCGGUUGCCAAUUAUUGACAAUCCAUGGCAGAACAAAGGAGCAGAAAGGCCAUAACUCUGGUAUCGCAAAUUGGAAAGCAAUUCGUACAAUUAGGGAACAGCUUUCAAUACCUGUCAUUGCCAAUGGCAGUGUUGUACAAUACGAGGAUAUCGAUAGAUGUUUGGAGGAGACCGGUGCCGACGGCGUUAUGUCGGCAGAGGGUAUCUUGGCCAACCCAUCAUUCUUUUCUGGUUUAAAAGUACCAAUUUACCAAGUCGCUCGUGAAUACAUUGACUUUACAGAAAUCUAUAAAACUUCAAUUCAUGUCACUCGUAGUCAUAUCUUUAAAAUGUUAAAAGAGAAACUCGAUGUCUACAGUGAUCUCAGAGAAACAAUGGGAGCAACACAUACCAAUGAUGGUUUCAGAGAUAUCAUAACCGAUUUAGAAACUCGUGAAAAAAAUAAUUUACCACCUGUCAAAAUUUUAACAAAUAAACAAAAAAGAGAAUUAAAACAAAAAGAAAAUAAUGAUAUCGAUUCUUUAAAAAAACAAAAACUAGAUGAUAAUAAUAAUAAUGAAAAUAAUAAUAAUAAUAAUAAUAAUAAUAAUAAUAAUAAUAAUAAUAAUAAUAAUAAUAAUAUAAAUGAAAAUAAUAAUAAUAAUAAUAAUAAUACGGAAAUUAAAAAUGAAGAUGAAAAAGAAAAAGUUUUAAUAAAUAAUUCAAAUUAA